UUGCGUAGUUGAAAAUUUGCCGUUGACUUCAUCUUGAAUCCUUGUCGAUCCAGUUUCAAUGGCUUCCAAUUCUUCUUCUAGUGCUAACGCUAGCAGCUAUGACGUUUUCCUAAGCUUUAGGGGCGAAGAUACUCGUCAUUCUUUUACUGAUCAUCUUUACAAAACAUUAAUGGGAGCAGGGAUUUGUACUUUUAGGGAUAACGAAGAAAUCAGGAGAGGUGAAGAAGUGAAGCCGGAGAUCGAGACAGCAAUUAAACAAUCUAAGGCUUCAAUUGUCGUAUUGUCGGAAAACUAUGCAACUUCCACCUGGUGCCUUGACGAGCUUGUACUGAUCCUUGAACAAAGGAAGGAGGGGAAUCAUUUCGUUCUACCUGUUUUUUAUCAUGUUGAUCCUUCUGAUGUGAGGAAACAAAAUAAAACUUUCACAAUUGAAGUGAAAGGCUCUUCAAGGUGGACAGAUCACAACGUGAACAUGUGGAAGAAAGCUCUUAAAGAGGUUGCUAAUUUGGCGGGCAUGGUUCUGUCGGGGCCUGAAACAAUUUUUUUGAAGGAAAUUGUUGACACCAUUUACAACAAACUGGAUCGCAAAGAAGUUCAUCUUCCACCCAAUCUAACAGGGAUGGCCACUCGAUACGAGGAGAUCAAUUCCUGGUUAAAUCAAUCAAAUAUUGAAUUUUUAGCAAUUUGUGGCAUGGGUGGAAGUGGCAAGACAACUCUGGCCAAGUAUAUUUACGAUUCAAAUUGGAGAUAUUUUGAAAACACGAGUUUUGUUGAAAACAUUGGUCGCAGAUGUAAAGAAUCCCAUGAUUUGCUUGAGCUACAAGAACAACUUCUCAAUGAUAUUUUAGGUGGAAAGAAGAGAAAAAUACCUGGUGUUUCUCAGGGUACAUGUAAGAUUGAGGAAGCCUUACAAACAAAAAGGACGCUUAUUGUUCUUGAUGACAUUGCAGAAAAAAGUCAGUUAGUCGCUUUACUUGGAACUGGAACGAUCAAUGCACAAAGCAAGAUUAUAAUCACAACAAUUAGGGAAAAUACAGAUAAUUGGUUCAAGUCCACAUAUUCUAGGUGUCAAGAGUAUAAAAUAAAAUUAUUAAAUGAGGAUGAAUCGUUAGAGCUUUUAAGUCGUCAUGCAUUUGGUUCCAAAGCUCCCAUGGAAGGUUUCGAAGAGCUUGCAAUGCAAGCAAUACGAUAUUGUGAAGGAAAUCCUCUCGCUGUUGAAGUGUUGGCUUCUUCUCUAUCCAAUGAAAAUACUAUUUUAUACUGGAAAAGUCGAUUGAAUGUAUUGGAUAAAGAUUUUGAUUCUCGAAUCCAAAGUGUACUAAUAACGAGCUAUGAGUCAUUACCAUCUAUCUUAGAGAAAGAAUUAUUUUUGCAUAUUGCUUGUUUCUUUAUCGGAAAAGACAAGGAUUAUGUGGUAAAGAUAUUGGAGCCAGAUUACUGUGCAUUAUCUGGGAUCAAAACCCUAUCCAACAAAUGCCUUCUUUCUGUUUCCCCAAAUAAUAAGCUGAUGAUGCAUCGAUUGAUUCAAGAGAUGGGAAAAAAUUUGGUUCGUCAAGAGUCAUCAAAAUUCCCUGCAAGACGUAGUAGAGUUUGGCUUAGUAGUGAUUCUUAUAAGAUAUUGCGCAAGGGAGAGGGUUCAGAAACAAUGGAAGGUUUAGCACUUGACAUGCAAUUACUAAAGGAAGAUAAGGUUGCAUUCAAGUCGCUAGACCUCAAGACAGAUGCACUUAAGAAGAUGGAUAAACUAAAAUUGCUCCACUUUAAUUUUGUGUAUCUCAAUGGGUCUUACGAGAAUUUUUCAGAAGAUUUACGAUGGCUCUGCUGGCUUGGAUUCCCUUUAACAACCAUACCCCCUGACUUAUUCAUGGGAAACUUGGUGGCUAUUGAUAUGAGCUACAGCAAAUUGGAAGUAUUUGAUCCGCCCAUGGUUCUUCAGUCACUGCAAAUUCUAAAUCUUAAGGACUCGUAUGAUCUAUUUGAAAUCCGCAACAUGUCAAUGAUUCCUCAUCUUGAGACUUUGAUUCUUUGGAACUGUCACAAUCUUGUUCGUGUUUGUGAAACCAUUGGAGACCUGACGAGUCUUGCACUGCUAAACAUGACAGGGUGUAGAAAGUUGUUAUUAGGAGUUACUGAACAGCAUACGUUCUCCCUCCCACAUUCAUUACACCGAUUAUUCCUCAAGGACUGCAAUCUCGAGUGUACCGAUUCUUUCACUCUAAGUUUUAAUGUUCAACUAUCUUUGCAGUACUUGAAUUUAGGCAAUAGUCUAUUUGAGUGUCUGCCCUGUUAUGAUCAUCUUAAAUAUCUUCGGGUCCUUGACUUGAGCUUAUGCUCAAGACUUAAAUGGCUAGUAUGUCUCCCAAGUACGCUUGCAGAAUUGUAUGUAUACUACUGUUUGUCAUUGGAGAGAAUAACUUUCCAAGAACACCGAUUCACAUUGCAAGAGUUUGGCUAUGAAGGAUGCAUUAGUUUGUGUGAAAUUGAAGGCUUUAUUAAAUUGGUGCCUGUAACCAAACUUGAAGAAAAUGAUCUGGGACACAUGAAGUGGCUAAAAGAAUAUCAAAAUCAGGAGGUGUGCCUGGUUGGUGAUGAUGAGCUCACCAAAGGCAGAACUCCGUGUGUUGAGAUGUUGUACGAAUUCGAUAUAAUGAGCACAUCUCUGCCAGACAUAAAGAAUCCAAACCUGAAGCCUGAGUAUGUAUCAGCAUCAUCGGCUUUGUCCUUUGAUGUGCCUUUGUGUCCAAGGAAUAGGAAGCUCAAAGGACUUGAUGUAACUUUGAGAUAUAAAAUCUCAGGUGACGAUGAUUUGGCAUGGUUCGUUAAAAUCAGUACGAGCAAUGGUGUUGAUUUGAUGUACAACCCAAAAGUCUUUGGAAAACCUGGAUCUGGCAAUGUUGGUAUAUGGUUAAGCUACUGGCCAAUUGGAAACACAUUGAAUACUGGAGAUAAAGUAAGUGUCUCUAUUUCUGUGAUGAGUGGAUUGGAGGUAGAGGAAUGUGGGGUGAGCCUUGUUUAUGUUGAUGAGAAAGUAGCUGAGGAAACCUUGGAAAAUAACAUGGGAUGGGUAGAAGUUCUUGGAGGAGAUUUGUCUAGAUUUCAACUACGCACAGGAGCAUACUAUCUUUGUCGACGUGAUUUCUUUGAGUUAAUGGAGAUUGGCAGGCUAACUCCUCAUUGGUUUAGCAUUUUAGUUGGUGAUACCAUCGACUCUACAGAGGUACGAGGAUGGAGAAAGACAGGUCGACCAAAGCAGAUGAAUCCAUCAUUUACAGAGUUGAAAACUGUUAGAUGCAUCAUCCAUGGUCCUGAACUGGAGGAAGUUUACAAGAUCCCAGAGAUGUCAAAAUCAUCUUUUUUAGAUAAAACUUUGGAAUUUCCAUCAAGCAUCCUUGGAGAGUCCAUGCAAUCUACCACCACAUCUAAAUUUGGAGCUAUAGUAAGAAAGGCUGAGGACAUCUCUGAAGAUGCAUCGACAUAUAUGAAAGAGAUAUCUGAAAUAAAUGAACCAAAUGAGAUUGACCAGCUACACCUUAUGAAAAACAUGUCUGAAGAACUUUCUGAUGAAAUUCAGGAGUACGCUACUUCAAGCCUACAUGGGGACAAACUGAAAUCAAUUAGUGGCCAGAUGAAGAAAAUUGUGCUGGGAUUCAGAUCAGGCAGUCGAAGAUCAGGCAGUCGAAGUAAAAGAUGGAAGGGGGAGAAAUCUAAUGAGGGAAAUAUACAGCCCAAUGAGUUGGGUCCAUCCGGAAAUGCGAUUUAUGAAGAUGGACUAAGCGAGAAUGGGCCGAACGACAUAGGUAAUGGCGGAUCCGAUUCAGGGGGAGAUGGGCAAAACGGUAGUGAAGCCCAAACAGAUAGUACACCAACAGAUAGUACAACGAGCCCGAUACCAAGCGAGUCUGAUCCAAGCGAGCCUGUUAACGAGCCUCAUCCAAGCGAGUCUGAUCCAAACACGUCGCAAGGUAUGUUUUUUAAUGAGAACUCUAACGUGUAUGGUGAAGUUGUGGGUGAACAGGAACAUGAGACACCUGCGUCUAGGUAUCCAGUUAGACGUAAUAGAGGGGUACCACGUAAACAAUAUCAACCGGAUCUAACAUCGAAGUCUCGAUACCCGAUCAAUAACUUUGUCUCGACGGCCAAGCUAGCCGACACUCAACGUUGCAUGGUGGAAGAGUUAUCAUCCGUGGUGAUUCCGAAAAACAUACAAGACGCAAUGAAACACCCUGAAUGGAGAAAAGCGGUGUCUGAAGAGUUGAUUGAUGUCGUUAUAGAAGAUGGAAACCUAACUGUUAUCGGGGAUGUUGAUUCCAUGGAUGUUAUUCAACAUGUGAGCAAGAUUGAGGGCGUAUAUAGCAUAAGUGUUGAACCUGCAAAAAAAAUCAAGGAAGAGCGGGAAACAGGCGUUGCACCUUCAUACAAAUCCGCAAAAGAACACAAACAUCGAAAAAUUCAGAAAAUUGUGCUGGAAUUUAAAUCAGGCAGUCGAAAACAAGGAGAGAUGGUGCUGGAGGCGUUAUCUGCACUUCAGGGUAUCCAAUCGAUUCUUUUUGAUUUAGAAGAAGGGAGUGUAACUGUUAUUGGGGAUGUUCAACCGGCGGAAAUUUUUCACAGAACAUGGAUGAUUGAGGACGUAUAUAUUAUAAAUGUGAACGAUGAACCUAUAAAAAAAAUAUAUGAAACCGGUGUUAGUCCUGCAUUCAAAUUUUCAGAAGAAGAAAAAGAGUUUCAACAAGAUAGAAAAACCUGUUCGGUGAUGUAA